UCUGCAUCUCGCUGGUGGCCGUCUCCCUGCACAUCCCGCCCCCUCAGCUGUCACCUAGCUGCCCUGCAAAAGUGGCACAGUGCCGGGGAGGUGUUCCAUUUCAGAGGCAGGGAGAUCUUCUACAGAGAUUCCUAUGGGGCUUUGGGAAGCUCCGAUGUCGUCAUUUUGCUCCAUGGCUUCCCCACCUCCAGCUUCGACUGGAACAAGAUCUGGGAGCCACUCACUCAGCGCUUCCAUCGAGUCAUUGCACUGGACUUCCUGGGCUUUGGCUUUAGCGACAAGCCACGACCCCACAGGUACUCCAUCUUCGAGCAGGCCAGUGUGGUGGGGGCACUGGCUCACUUGCGUCUGAGGAACCAGCGAGUGACUCUGGUGUCCCAUGACUAUGGAGACACUGUGGCCCUGGAGCUGCUCUUCAGGUCAUUUUGGAUCUCCCAGUGUCAUGGUGCAGCCCACAUCAGCAGCAAAACCCUGCACAGACCUGAGGACACCCCCAGGAUUUCAGACACACUCAGUCACUCAUGAUCUAAGAAGCUGGCCUUCCUUUGAGAACACAUCACCCUUGCGAUAAGCGCUCCUUUUGGAUGGCAAGGUUUCUUACCGGCAAUUUCCACUGGAUGCGGAGAGUCUGCGGAAGGUCUCCGGGAACGUCUCCGGAACAUCGACAGAGUCAUUAGGUUUCCAUUAAAGUCAAUGUGUGUAUUACCACAGACUGCGGAACGUCUGCAUCCC